AUGGCAGGUGGCGAUACGCGCGGGUCGCGGCGCUCUGACGGCUUCUCCCGUCGCCGGCGCCGCAGCCCCAGCGACGAGGAUACCUCCACACGCUCGCAGGAUGCAGGCGACCACUCUGACGUCGAAAUUAUCCACGACUUCCGCUCCAAGCGCGAGCUGGAAGCCGCCGAAGACGAGGCUAAGCUGACGCCCGAGGCGCGCGAGCGACUGCGCGACCGCGAGGAGCGCGACGCCUUCGCCGAGCGAUUACGUCAGCGCGACGAGGACCGGACCAAGCGCAAACGCAAGGCCGACGAGCUGGAGGCGUCCGAAGGCGCGGGCGGACUCACGCGCGACGAGAUCAAGCAACUGGCCACGAGGGGGACAGUUGACGCUGGACAGGACGCGCUCGGGGACAAGCUGAGACGCCUCCGCGAGCUGAGCAGGCAGGAAUACCUCAAAAAGAGGGAGGAGAAGGAGCUGGAACUGCUGGAGUUCCAGCUGAAAGACGAGGACGUGCUCUUUGAGGGCGGCAAGAGGUCCAGGAAGGAGGAGGAGCAGCUUGAGCUCAACCGGAGGAUCCUGGAGACAGCCAAGGCCAGGUCCAAGAAAGAGGAGACCGAGGGCUACCAGAUCCCUGACUCCUAUGAGGAGGUGGACGAUGAGGGCAACAGGAUCAGGAAGAAGGAGGAUUUGCUGACGGACAGGUAUGAGGAGGAGGAGGUGUUCCACACGGAGCAGGAGGUGUGGGAGGAGACGCAGGUCAAGAUGGCUACGAGCAGGUUCGGAGCCAAGGAUAAACGCAAGAAGAAGACGGAGGAGGAGGAUGAACUGGUCUUUGACGACCAGAUCGACUUCAUCUCGCAGCAGAUGCUCUCAGGGCAUCAUGUGAGUGACGAGGACGUCAAGGAAGCGAGAAAGAAGAUGGAGGAGGCCAAGCACCUGAGCAUUCAAGAGGGAAGGAAGCAGCUACCUGUGUACCCCUAUCGUGAAUCGCUGCUGGAAGCGAUUCGGAACUAUCCUGUCAUUAUCAUUGAAGGAGAAACGGGAUCGGGCAAAACGACGCAGAUUCCACAGUAUCUGCAUGAGGUUGGGUACUCGGAGCUGGGCACUAUUGGCUGUACGCAGCCAAGACGUGUCGCUGCGAUGAGUGUGGCUGCGCGUGUGGCACAGGAAAUGGAUGUGAAACUGGGCAAUGAAGUGGGAUACUCGAUUCGUUUCGAGGACUGCACUAGCGACAAGACUGUGAUCAAGUACAUGACGGAUGGUAUGUUGCUACGUGAGUUUUUGACCGAGCCAGACUUGAAGUCGUACAGUGUCAUGAUCAUUGAUGAGGCGCACGAACGGACCUUGAACACGGAUAUUUUGUUCGGCCUCAUCAAGGAUAUCGCGCGUUUCCGUGAUGAUAUCAAGAUCAUCGUGGCUAGUGCGACGCUGGAUGCAACUAAGUUCAGCGCUUACUUCGACGAUGCCCCGAUUUUUAAGAUCCCCGGACGCAUGUUCCCCGUUGAUAUUCUGUACACGAAGGCUCCUGAGGCUGACUACCUGGAUGCGGCCAUCGUGACAGUCCUCCAGAUUCACAUUACCCAGCCCCUCGGAGACAUCCUCGUCUUCUUUACUGGCCAAGAGGAAAUCGAAGCAGCCGAAGAGAUAUUACUCCAGCGCACCCGUGGCCUUGGUUCUCGAAUACGCGAGCUGCUCAUUCGACCGAUUUACGCAACCUUGCCUUCGGAACGCCAGGCUCAGGUGUUUGAGCCAACUCCAGAGGGAGCUCGCAAGGUGGUGCUGAGUACGAAUAUUGCGGAGACAUCGUUGACCAUCGCAGGCAUCUGCUAUGUGAUUGAUACAGGCUUCUGCAAGCAGACGAACUACAACGCGCAAACCGGCAUGGAGUCUUUGCUGGUGGCGCCAGUGUCGCAGGCUAUGGCAAACCAGCGUGCUGGUCGUGCAGGUCGUACAGCGCCUGGCAAGUGCUUCCGUCUGUACACAGCGUGGUCGUACAAGAACGAGCUGGACGAGAACACAGUGCCCGAAAUUCAGCGCACGAACCUUGCCAGUGUUGUGCUGCUCAUGAAGUCGCUAGGUAUCAACGACCUGCUUCACUUCGACUUCAUGGACCCUCCACCUGAGAAGGCACUCAUUCGCUCGUUGGAGCAAUUGUACGCUCUCGGAGCUCUGAAUGGCCUGGGUGAACUCACGAAACUUGGUCGUCGAAUGGCUGAGUUCCCGUUGGACCCCAUGAUGUCCAAGGCACUGCUUGCUUCGGAAAAGUUCGGCUGCACCGAAGAAGUGAUGACGAUCUGCGCCAUGCUGAGUGUCAACAACUCGAUCUUCUACCGACCCAAGGACAAGGCCGUCCACGCUGAUAACGCGCGCCUGAACUUCGCUCGGGGCGGUGGCGGUGACCACAUCACGUUGAUGAAUGUCUACAACCAGUGGGUCGAGACGAACUACUCGACGCAGUGGACCUACGAGAACUUCGUGAUCAUGCGCUCACUAAAGACUGCGCGCGACGUCCGAGAGCAGCUCGAAGGCCUCUGCGAUCGCGUGGAGCUGGAGCGUACGAGCAACCGCAGCGACCACGAGCCGAUCCGCAAGGCCAUCUGCGCCGGCUACUUCUACAACACGGCCAAGCUGGACAACUCGGGCCACUACAAGACGGUCAAGAAGGCGCAGUCCGUGUACAUCCACCCGAGCUCGUGCCUCAUCAAGCUGGAAGAAGUCCCGCGCUGGGUCGUGUACCACGAGCUGGCCUUCACGACGAAGGAAUACAUGCGCAACGUGAUCCCCAUCAAGUCCGAGUGGCUGAUGGAGCUCGCGCCGCAUUAUUAUAAAAACAAGGAGGUCGAGGACGCUCGCACGAAGAAGAUGCCCAAGGCGGUUGGCCGGGCUGGUUAA